AUGCAGAAGCCGUUCCUCCCCUCCUUCAUCGCCGUUUUCACCAUCUGCGCCAGGCUGUUCAGCUAUUCCUUCUCGGAUGUUUUGACAUUGAAGGCCAUGAUUCUCAUCUGGGGCAUCUUUAUGCCCCUUAUUAGCGCGUCCAAGUUAUCACAGGUCGAAAAUGGAGUCACAGAGUCCCUACCACUCUUCGAGCUCGCUUGGUGCGUUUGA